AUGGAUGCUCAGAAAUUGAUAUGUGCUGGAUAUCAGCUGCAAAACGAGGCGGAAGCAUGGUGGAAGGCAACCAAGCCCAAUUUAGAAGCAGUUCAUCCUAAUCCCACCAGGGAGCAAUUCAAAGAAGUCUUCCUUAAGAAUUAUUUUCCUGAGAGCAAGAAGGAAACCGAGUUUUUUGCUCUCGUGCAAGGAUCCAAGACCGUGCUGGAUUACCAGCAGCAGUUUGAAGAUUUUCAUUUCGCCCCAGUGCAUAUUAAGGGGGAAGCUAGUAAAACAAAGAAGUUUGAAAAAGGACUUAAACCAAAGAUCGGGUCUAUUCUGUCGGUCCUAGAUAUUCAGGACUACGCUCAAAUGGUUGACAAGGCGAAGACUAUAGAGGACAAAUUGAAGGAGAAAAAGAAAGCUACAACGUCGCCCAGAUAG